CGUCCUCCACCUUUUGGAGAACCUUGCUGUCUUUGCUCCAAAUGAACCAGAGAAUGCGCGGUUCCUAAUUGACUGCCCUAAACCCAACGAAUUUCCCUGUUGGAAGGUUGUAAAACUUCGUUCUCGAGCAAUCGGAAAGGAUAUUGAACUCAAGUGUAUCUUCAUCCUUCAUCCAGAUCUUGGGCGGAGAGAGACCGGGCCCACCAUUCUGUUCCUCCACGGCAACGCAGGCAACAUUGGGCAUCGUUUGCCGUUGUGUCACGCACUGCAGGAGGUUUGUGGAGCCAACUUCUUUCUCCUGGAAUACAGGGGGUUUGGAUAUAACGGAGGUCAGCCUUCUGAAUUAGGCUUUCGGUCUCUUGGUGGUGCUGUUGCAAUUGAACUUGCUACACGUGCAGAUACCUGUGGAAAAAUUCGCGGGGCGAUAAUAGAGAACACCUUCUCUUCGAUAGCGGAGAUGGGACGGACGAUCGGCUCAAAUAUUGCCGGUUCACCAGCUAACCUGCUCCCGACUUUCGCGGUCGCUAAUAAAUUUGAAUCCCUUGAAAAAUUAAAUAAACGGUUACCGAUGCUUCAGGACACAGCGCGCUGCCGAUUCUUAUUCCUCUCCGGAAGCAAGGACGAACUCAUACCGCCAGCAAUGAUGUCCAAAUUAGCAAGGUCCUGUUUCGAACAUUUA